AUGGCACGCAUCAUCAUCACCGGAUCUGCUGAUGGCCUUGGCUCCUUGGCUGCCAAGGAGCUUGCCAGCCGUGGACAUCAAGUCUACCUCCAUGCGCGAUCUGCGUCUCGUGCCGAAGAUGCAAUGAAGAACUGUCCCAAAGCCGAAAAGUGCUUCGUUGCCGACCUUUCCUCACUUUCAGAUGUCAGAAAGCUCGCCGACGACAUCAAAAGCCUAGGCUCUGUCGAUGCCAUCGUCCACAACGCAGGCGUGAUGCACGGAGUCAGCGGCAAGAAGGCAGCGGAAGGCGACUAUGGCCUAUUAUUUGCCACCAACACAUUGGCGCCCUUUGCUCUCACAUCUCUGGUCGCUGGUGCUUCAAAGCGACACGUAUUUCUCGGUUCUCAAAUGUCCAAUGGAGGCGAUGGCUCACUGCGUAACCUGAAAGAGUGCGGCUACGGGGAUUCUAAGCUGCACAACAUCUUGCUUGCUUUUGGAUUCGCGAGGCAUCUGAAAGCCCAAGGCGUAGAGGAGAGCAAUGUACUGGAUCCGGGAUGGGUGCCGACCAAGAUGGGUGGUGCAAGCGCUCCCGAUGAUAUCAAUGCUUCUGUGAAGACUUACGUUGCGCUGGCCGAGGGUGUUGGAUCUACGGGCGAAUACUGGGGACCUGGCGCACAGAAAGGACGACGACAUCAGAGCGUGGCCGGUGACAUCGAUGCUCAAGACACACUCUUGAAGGAGUUGGAGCAGAUCAGCGGGAUCAAAUUCCCACGCGAGAAGCUCUGAAACCUGCAACAGCUUGAUUGUUCAUGAUCUCACGACAAUGGAAAAUCGUCCAGAGAUGAGAGGGGAGUCUGAUUCUGUCGCCGAAUACUUCGAAGCAUUACUCUGACAGGUUAAAACAAAAACUUGGCUUUGCUCUGAUGGAAAAGACUGCAUGCGGCGGAGGUCUUUUCAUCGGCAAGGAACAUGGACAUAUUUUCCGCAUUACCCGUUGAUCCAC